AUGUUAAAAUGUUUCCUGGAUAUCCAACCCACCUCUUGUUCGGCGUCACUUCAUUGUAAUAAUCCGCGUUAUUUCUCGUAUCCUAAGGCUUAUCCCGAUAAUGAAGGAUAUUACAACGUGUCCGUAAGGCAUCCAGUCGAUCACCAGAUCUGGGCCUGCCGGGGCCUACGUAAGUUCGGAACCACAGCCGAGAAGGUAUGUAACCACGGAUGGUUUCUUGUGAUCGCAUGGCGCAAUCUUGUCGUUGUAUUGAGUUUUUCUGGUUUCAGAUGGCUCUCGGACGUGAGAAGAACCCUAUCAUCCUUGACGAUGAUGAUGAAAGCGAGCUGGAAUCGCCGCCAUCCACCAAAUCACCCAAGGUCCCUCCUGAGGAGUGCUCUGCCAUACACAUACGUUGGCGAAGGAUGGCCCUGAUCCAGAUGGAAAGACUUGUGAAAUUCCCGGGGGAAAAGGUGAGAUGCAAAUGCGUAAAAAUGUUAAUGGAGGGACGUAAGUGAGACGUUAUUAUUUGAGCUGUCUUCUGUCCUCUUGAUAAUUCCGUAGCUUUCAGUGGGAGUUGUAA